GCUGACGGUAAUACACAAGCUGUUAGCAGCUACACCGGAGCGCACGGAGCCUUUAACGGAGACAGACGCGCCGUGAAAAACCGGAACAUCAGCCACGAUGGGGGUGAUAAUUAGAGUCGAAUACUGCGGUAAAUGAGGGUACGAGCCCCGCUACAUGGAGCUCGCCCGGACGGUGAAGGAUGAGUUUCCAGAGGCGGACGUGUCUGGCUUCGUGGGGAGAUCCAGCAGCUUUGAGGUUGAAAUCAAUGGCAAGGUGAUCUUCUCCAAGCUGACUCUCGGUGGCUUCCCUUAUGAGGACGACAUCAUGAAGGCAGUCCAGGAUGCCCACGACGGGAAGACUGUACAGGAGAUCACUAAGAGCCGGGCACCGUGUGUCAUCAUGUAAAAACCUCCAUCCAGCAGCGUCCCGCCUCUGGUUGACCACCUGAACCCGCUGCUGACCGGGAUGGAGAAACGUUCUGAUGCAGAUCUCUCAAUCCCCCCUCUCUCUUCUCCCAUGGCGAUGCUCUCGGAUGCUAAUGAUUACUGUAGCUUAAAGUCUCAAGGCUAUGGUAUGAUGUCUCCAGUCCUGGAGCGUCCUCCCAGUAGGAGUAAAGACAGGGGGGAUGGUCUUUGCAGAUGCUUGAAAGGGAGCUGAGUUUCAUUUUCGUUUUUCCCCUGCACUUUGUUGCCUGGCACUCUCAACCUGCCUCAUGUCUUCUUUUCUGUUUGAUCAUCUUACAUGCAAAUCCUCGUUUUAAGCAACGCACAUGAUAUGAAGUACGUCAGGGGACUGCUGGUGCGUCCGCACCGCUCUGCCCUCCGCUGCAUUAAUCGAUUUCUUUCUCGCUCUUGUUUACUGGUUCUACGGGUUUGCGAACUGUGCUUCAGUGUCUCACUUUCCUGUGAAAUAAUGCAAUGCGAAACGGUUUCUCUCACUUUGUGCGUACCAAUUUUGAAUUUGUUUUGUUCUUUUAAAACAAACAUGAUGAUGAAAAUAAAUAAAAACUGCAAUGAACUUGG